AUGAGAUCCUUCCAUGGCUCGUUCCGCUUUCCGCGCAAGACAGCCUUUCAGCAUAUCCGACAUUUUCACCCCACAAGGCCUUCGCCUUUUAUCACUGAGGUCCUGGAAGUCUCAUCAGGGUUCAUCCAUGCUGUUCAUUCAUGCAGUGGCCUCCCUUGGGCUAUGUCUAUCCCGCUGACUGCACUGAUUGUCCGCAUGACAGUCGCAAUGCCAUUGCAGGUGUAUACCAAAAUCCAAGCCCGGAAAGAGCGAGAUCUGACACCUUUGCUUUAUUCCUGGCGCAAGUAUUACCAGAAUUCUAUCCGGGAGCAGGUCAAUGUCUCGACUGACUCGCCCAUUCUGCCCCAAGACGCCAUGCGCCAGCUAGCACAAAGGGUCAAAGAGAGACAGCAGAUCUUGCACCGACGAUGGAACGUGGCUCGGUUUUGGAAACCGGUCAAUUUCCUGCAGAUCCCCGUGUGGAUCUCGGUGAUGGAAAGCCUCCGAGCUAUGGCUGGUAACGACAAGGGACUCGCUACAUAUCUGCUCUCUCGGUUUUCGUCUUCCGUGGAAACGGACAUCACUCCCCUUCUUCCCGUUGAGCCCUCGCUAGCCACGGAGGGUGCUCUCUGGUUUCCUGACCUGCUGGCAGGUGACUCGACGGGGAUUCUUCCGGCUGCGUUGACGCUCUCGAUCCUGUUGAAUAUCCGUAUGGGCUGGAAGGCUCCUACACUUUCGGAACUGGCUGAUUUGCCGCGGAUGGAACUCGCUAAGAAUCUUACGUUGCGAGGGAUCAGGGCUUUGGUUCAGGUUCUGGCACUGAAUAUUGGCGUUUCAUCUUAUCUAUAUGAGAUGCCUUCGGCGCUUAUGAUCUACUGGAUUAGUAGUACGAAUAUUGCCACGUUGCAGACAUUUAUUCUGGAAAAGUAUAUGCUUGUCAGACAACCCCUUAAACCAUGGCGGCAGAUCUAUAUCGGAUAUGCUCCACUAGGACAACAAAAGCCUGUGAAACAGAAAUGA